AUGGACUUCAGUUCCUCAUCCGUGUUUGAUCAGCACAAAGGUGUACUCCUCUGUGUAGGUGAUGCAGCAGAAGAGAUUGACUUGACUGUAGUUUACCAAGCAGCAGCUAAUGGUGAUGUGAACACACUAACUGCAGUGAUUCGAGAAGAUCCUUCCAUCCUGGAGUGCUGCGACAGUGAGGGUUGCACACCUUUGAUGCAUGCUGUGUCAGGACGCCAGGUCGAUACCGUGAAGCUUUUACUGAAGAUGGGAGCCAAUAUUAAUACUCAAGAUGCUUGUGGACGUACCAGUUUAUCUCUGGCAACUUAUCUGGGAUGGCUGGAAGGCUGUGUAAGCCUGCUCAGAAACGGUGCUAAGCAGAACGUACCUGAUAAAAAUGGGAGGUUGCCACUACAUGCUGCUACUGCAGAGCCUGAUGUGAGGCUCCUGAACGUGCUUCUGCAGCAGUCAAAUCUUAGUGAAAUUAAUCAUCAGGACAAUGAGGGAAUGACUUCACUCCACUGGGCUGCUUUCCACAACAGGCCCCAGCACGCGCAGACCCUGCUGCACAAGGGAGCAGACCUGACCCUGGUGGACAAAGACUUCAAAACCGCUCUGCACUGGGCCGUUCAGAGUGGCAACAGGAUCCUGUGUUCCAUCAUCCUGGACCACUACCAGGGACCAUCAAUAAUCAACUACGAUGAUGAGAAUGGCAAAACAUGCAUGCACAUUGCUGCUGCAGCAGGCUACAGUGAUAUUAUCAGCGAGCUGGCUAAAGUCCCGGAGUGCAACCUGCAGGCCCUUGAUGUGGAUGACAGGACACCUUUGCACUGGGCUGCAGCAGCAGGGAAAGCUGACUGUGUGCAGACACUACUAGAGCUGGGGAUAGACAGCAGCCCUCGAGACAUCAAUGAAAACACUCCUCUGACAUAUGCAAUGUACUGUGGUCACACAGCGUGCAUCAAGCUGCUGUCUCAGGAGAGCAGUAGAUCUGAGCCGGUUCAUCAAUUUCCCUCUCCAAACAAUAGACUCCUAAAGAAAGAAGGAAGAUUCAGUAUGCUGAACAAUAUCUUCUGCAAAAAGAAGAAAGAGGACCAGAAAACCAAUCAGAAAGACAGAAGCAGAGACAGAUAUCCUACAGAAGAGACUUCGGAAGUAGAUGAUAUCAUCACCACUUUUGACUGCAUCAUGGACACAAACUGCAAAGACAUCCUGGAUGAGUGUGUGACCACCACUGACUUCAAAAGAAGGAGCACAGACACAAAGUACCUCAUACCAGAACAGAAGCCUCCAGACUGUCAUGGACUUCUGCCCAUCCGAACCCAGAGCCUCCCCCCAAUCACAGUGGGCAAUUCCUUCCUCACUGUUUCCCAGAGCACAGCUUCAAGCAUCUCCUCCAGCACCAGCACCCACCAUUUUGCACACAGGUCUCAAAAGAGUAGGAGUGAACAUGACUUGCUGGAUCACAGAAGCAGCUGCCAGGCUUUGCUGGACAACCCCUGGAACACAGACUCUAACCAAAUACACUCCUACAAAGUCUGUCCAAGAACUCCUGCAGACAGAAUGAUAAAUGGCGUAAACUCUGAUAGAUCUCACCAUGUGCUUUUGUGCCCUCCCCGCCUUCCCUCACUCCCCAGUUCUCCAUCAGGUAAAAACUUUCAACAGAAGUCCAUAGGCCAACCCAAAAUAAAAGAUCUUUCUCCAGUACGGAACAGCCUAGCUCCUAUAUCUAACCACUGUGCUCAAAAAAUUCAGCUACCAUCUCAGGGUGAUAAGAAGUUUAAGUCCCUGCCUUUAAAUUCCAUAAGGACUGGCGCAGUUAUUCUCCCACCAGCCCCAAACUCCAGAUCCCAGAAGAGGGGACAUUCUCAGAGUCAUAUGCUGUAUUCUUUCUUGCCUGGUCUAUCAGGAGAGCCUCUGAAACCAAGCCGUGUCCUACCUGCAAUCCCAAGCCAGAAGAAAUCCAACCCUGCAAAAGAGCUUGAGAAAUCCCUCACCAACCAAGACACUGAAAAUUAA